AUGCCGGCGGGACACCGAGCCGGUGUCCAAGGCCCGCGCUGCCCCAGCAGUCCUAAAGGUAGUGCAAGUGGCACUACGCCUCCUGAGCCCAUUCGGCCCUCUGGCUCAGGAAUGGGCUGUGAGAGAGAAUUUGUGGUAAAUAUAUUGCGUGGAGAUUUGGAUCAUAAAGCUUAUGGAAUUGAUGUCUACACAGAAAAAGAGCAUGUUACAGCAAGAGAAUUUGAGGAGGCAAUUCUAAGCUGUGUACACAAAGCAAAGAAGGUAACCAACCUAAGAAUAGAAUGGAAGAAAGUUAGAUCAUCUGGUGUUUCAUUUGUUUACUACAACCGUACCUUUGUAGGUAAUUUUACAGGUCGAGCUGAAAUGUGGAAUUCAAGCAUUCGACUCAGAAAUGUGACUAGACAUGAUGCUGGGAGGUACCGCUGUGAAAUCAGUGCAGCCACAGAACAAGGACAAGAUGCAGCAGAGACAGAAGUCUUUCUUUCAGUGCUGGUCCCACCAGCUCUUCCUGUUUGUGUGGUGCCCAGCUCAGCUAUGAGCGGAACAGUAAUUGAACUACGAUGUAAGGAAAAUGAAGGCUUUCCUGCUUCUAAAUACAGAUGGUAUAGGAAUGGCAUUGCUCUGCUGGCGAGUCCAGAUUCAAGAAGCGGUAAAAAAGGGGGAGUUUCUUACACCAUGAAUACCGUGACUGGAACCCUGCUGUUCAAUCCUGUUUCAAAUAAUGACACUGGAGAAUAUUACUGUGAAGCUGCAAAUGGAAUUGGACGACCUCGGAAAUGCCCUGUGAAGCGAAUGCAAGUUGAUGACCUUAAUGUUGGUGGCAUUAUAGCUGCUGUGGUAAUUGUGUCUUUAAUAAUAGCUUCCUGUGGUCUUGGAGUAUAUUAUGCACAAACAAAAGGUUACCUUUCAAAAGGAAAUUCUUCAAUGAAGAAGAGUUCUAAGCCCAGCACAACACAAAAUGAAAAUGAUUUUAAGCACACAAAGUCCUUUAUUAUCUAAAAGAAAUUCAGCCUCUGUGAGGAUCAUCAAACGCUGUACAAAGGGAUUCUUCAACUGUGUUCUUUAGAAAUU